AAGCUGCUCCGAUCAGUUGCAUGCCCUGUUUCUCUCUUCCUCAUCUAUUUAAGAGAAGUUUAGGCACCCAUGGUUGAAUUAAUUAGCCAUAUCCUUGCCAUUAUCAAUGUUGGUGGCAGGUGUGGGAGAGCAAGAUUUUGUCAGAUAUGCAUAUUCUCGAGGUGCUCUAUCCUCCAAGGGAUCAUCCCAGUCAUGCGCAACCAGUUAUCAUACCACUUUAUGCAUCUCCAGCUCAUCUUCUUCUCCAGUUAGUGGCAAAACUGUAAUCAGCAUCAGAAACAAAGAGUGAGGUUCUUGUAGUCUAAGGCAGGAGUAAUGGAAAAGGUAUCAGUUGUAGGCUGAUUGAAGUUCUCAGAUGAUCUGAUAAGAGAGAUCAAAAACCUUUUUCUCCUUUCUGUUUUUUUUUUGUUUAAUCUUUCAAAUGAAGGCAUUGCCCGGAAUACUUGCUUCAAUAGAAGGGUUUCAUGUAGAAGCUGGCUGUAUUCGUUCAUGAUGAUGUUGGAGUAAUCGAAGCUUCCAGUUACUGCAUGCAAUCCAAUGUGUUUUUAGUCUCUACAUUAUACAUGAUAUCAUUGUUCUGCCGUGCAUGGAAACAAGAUAUAUUAUACUACUAAAGCAGGUCAUGAUUAAUGGGCACAGGAAUGGGGUACUUGGGUAAAUUGCUUCAGAGUAUGCAUGGCUAUGGAAAGGUAGACACACAAGGUCCGCGAAGUGCACGGUCCAAACAAGACCGGAUCCAGCUUAGCCUAGGAAUGGGGUCAUAACAACUCUUUUGAGUUCCAAAGUGAAGGAACUGGAGCAAACCAUGCAGGCAUCGAGUGGAGGGAGCUACUUUUAGUCGUGGCUGCAGCAAGCGCUUAUGCCGCCCCAUGGCCCUCUCUGUGCCUGCGAUUGGGAGGAUGCGACGCCUAGUAAGUUGCGGUCCAGAGACAUGGUCCCACCACUCGUGUUGAUCUCCAUGCCUGCGAUUGGCAGGAUGCAACGUUGAGUGGCAAUUGAGCCUGGAGCUCAAAACGUUUUGGACGGUUCUGGAUCUGAUUUGUAAGCCCGACAGACCGGAUCGGCCUGAAAUUUGAGCCCGUCCAUUAGACUGGCUGGGCUCGAAUUUACAUCGGCUCAGCCCAAGCCCAACCUCAGCUCAGGAUUAUAGGAUACAUAUACGUUGCCCACGACCCGACCGGUGCCCUAUUCACUUGAUUCAGGAGGCAGCGGCUAGAGCUUCGUCCUCCGAAAGGCGACAUUCUGGUGCUGUCCUUCAAUCUCCUCGAUCGCAGCCACCUUCUCCGACCUAACUAGUCCUUGAUGCAAAAGUCCAAGUUCUUGCUGGCGUCGUUCACAAAGCUGGUGAUAAGGUUCAUAACGCGGUUGUAAACGACCUGGGUGAAGGACAGAGCCCCCUUUAGCAAAAAAAAAAAAAAAAAAGGACAGAACCCCGUGGCUGUCGUCGUCAUAGUCGCCGUCAACCUGGAAGCAUCCGAUGGGAAGACGGCUAGGAGAAUGAUAACGGUGAUGACGCCGGCGAAGGGAUUGUGGGAUCCAUCCCGCCGGCAUUUGAACCAAGCGGAAGAGGUGGUGAUCUUAGCUGACGAGCGGUGUCGAUCGAUCUGGUUGGGCGUGUGAGGAGAAAAUAGGGAAGGGGGAGGGGAGAAGGCGAGAAUGGUGGAGAUCAAGUUGCUCGGAGACGGCUCCAGCCCCUUCCACUGCAGCUGCUUCACCGACGAGAUCCGCCCGUUCGUCAUCUCCCCAUGCACUCCGAGGCCUUUUCUCAUUUAGUCCACUUGGUCCAGAAAGUUCGAGAUCUGGGCCAAAGUCCCAAGCUGCCGGGCUUAUAUCCAGGAAGUAGCCCGAAGGCCUGACCGGGCUCGAGUCUGUCUAAUAUUAGUUUACCUGAAGCUGAGGCCGGCCGCCCAAUAAGUGACAGCCUAGUCCACUGCUGGCGUCAAUCUAAGUGCCUGCUAUUGGCAGGAUGCGGCUCCGAGCGGCAGCUCCUCCGACUGCUCGAGGACCAACGUCGCAAGUAGCAUAAGCCAUGGGGUUCGCACUGGUUGUGAAAACAGCAGCAGCAGCAGCAGAGGCAGCCACAGUCCCUUUACCACCACUCGUCGCCCCCAGGCAGCACCACUUCCAGCUCCAUCUCCACCUCCUUCCGUCCAACAACAGCACCGUGGCUACCCCGACAGCCGCAACAUCGUCAACAGCAACAACAACAACAUCGAGGUGGCAGCGGUGGAGGCAAUCACCAACGCAACCUUCCGCCCAAGCUCUGCCGCCGCUGCUGCAACGCCCCCAAAAGCUAUCCACCACGAAUGGACAACAGCCCCACCUUCCUAUCUCCAACACCCCCGAAAAGAACCAACCCGCCCCUGAUACCAGCAGCAUUAGCAGUGAUGCGGAGGAUGCAGGAAGAGGUGUCGUCCCAGAGACCUGUACGGCCACCGACGUCCUGCACCUCAUGGACAGCCUUCAACUCCCCAUCGAGGCGGACCUGUACCUGUCCCUCGUCAGGGAGUGCACCCACUCCGGGGACGCGUUCCAAGGCGCCCAAGUCCACGCCCACAUCCAGCGGAGCCGCCCCCGCCUCCUGCGCCGCGCGGCCGGCCUUCCCCUCGCCAACCGCCUGCUGCUGAUGUACGCCGCCUGCGGCCAACCGGACAGCGCCCGCCAGAUGUUCGACCGAAUGCCCUUCCGCGACGCCAUGUCGUGGGCCGCCAUGCUCGCCGCCCUCGCCCACAACGGCGGCCACCGGGAAGCACUGCAGCUGUUCACGGAGAUGCGCGAGUCCGCGGUGGAGCCCGGCGAUCGCUACUCGGACGCCCUCGUCCUUGUCACGACGCUCAGGUCAUGCGUCAGAGCGAGGGAGCCGGGAGUCGCCCGGCAGGUGCAUGGGCUAGCCCUCAAGGUGCUGGGAGAAAGCGGUGCUAUUGGGUGCGGAGGGAUAGGCAGCUCCCUGCUUCAGUGCUACAGCAUGCUCGGAUGCCAUCAAAGCGCCCGGAGGGUCUUUGAAAGGAUAAGAGUUCGUUCUCGGGGUGCCGCGGCGUGGACGUGCAUGAUCACCGGAUGCUGCAGAGAGGGGCGGUUCCAGGAGGCCUUGUACGUCUUCAGGGAGAUGGGAAGAGCGGGGCACAGGAGGAACUGUCACGUCGUCUCGAGCAUUCUCGCGGCAUGUGCGAGGAUCGGGGAUGGUGGCUGGGGUGGGAGGCAGGUCCACGCCGGCGCCGUCAAGCUCGGGGUGGACGAGGAUCGGUUUGUGGGGAGCAGCCUGGUGGAUAUGUAUGCCAAGCAUGGGCUCUUGAAAGACGCGAGGAGGGCAUUCGAAAUGAUCGCUGGCUCCAGAGACUGCGUGUGCUGGAAUGCGAUGCUUGCCGGCUACGCACGCGGCGGAUGCUGCUCGGAGGCGAUCAGGUUGCUGUACGAGAUGCGGGCGGCUGGAGUCAGGCCUCAGGAAUUGAUAGUCAGCGAAGUAAGGAUCGCCUGUAGCAGCCGAUUUUUGCAACGUCCAGAAAACCGUACAAAUUAAACAAAGAGGGUGCGAUAUAAGUUUCCCUUCUCAAAACCAUGGAAGCAUUUGCAUGUUACAAGGCCUACUUUCCAUCAGUUUUCAGUCCUGUGCUAAUAUGGAGAGCCCUGCUGUACAGAGCUACAGACUACAGAGAAGACACCAGGAAUUUGGAUCAUCAUCUGGUCCCCAAGAAGGUCUUCGUUUAGCGGCAAGAAACAAAGAAACAAUCUCAAAGUAUUUGCUCGUUGGCCGAUAGGCCCCCGAAGUGAGGAUCUGAACACAACUUGGACAGAUAGCUGUAAAAAAUUUCACCAACCCAACCUAGCAAUAAACUGAUGGAUAUUAUGACAAGUAUAUUAAUGGGGAGCUUGCAUCGAUUUGACACAAUCAGCAGGGACAUGUUUCAGCAUGUUAUAUGAAAAAA